CACAUUACCAGAGACUUGGAGAUUCAGAUUCUCCUUAGAUCUCUCUGGGUAAUUUAUUAGAAAUGCUUACAUAGAUUUGCUUCCUAAUCUCAAGCUGGCUUCCCCUCUCCAGAACUCAGCAACUAUCUGUUCUCCCAGGAGGCCAUACAAGCGAGGGGCCCUGAAGCUUAACAUUUAUUAACUUCAUGUAAAGGUCUGAGUGGACCUUUCAGGCCAGGCAGCGUGUCACUUGCCUGUGUUCCUUGUUAGGGCCUACCACCGGGUAGGUGCUUGGAAUGUGCUGUGGAUUAAAGGCUUAAAUCCUGCGGGCCCCUCAAUCUGAUCUAAGGACAUGAGUGGCUUAGAGAACGGCGCAACAAGGCUAAGCGAAAGAAACAAAGCGGUGUGGCUGGGAGUGGGCUCCUUCCCUCCGCUGGUGAGGGUGCGAUCUUAGACUCUUGAGAGAACCCGACAUAAAGGCCGCGUUCCAAUGGCGGCCUUCUCCCCUACCGGCCAACCUGCCCCUAGAAGAGCAGAAGGCACCCUGCGGGAUCUGCAGAUCAGCUGGCGUCUCAUUCUGGGGCACCGACACGGUGGAAUGCAACACACCCCACUACCGGAAGUUUCUUUGAUGUUAAGAAAAACGGCGGAGGUAGGCCGCAGCGCUUCCUCAGUAUAGUGCCUCGAGCUGGCUCGCCUACUUUCUACGGUAAAGGGAGGUGCUCCACAUCUCUAUGCAGCUGUGCAGCGCCGCAGGUUCCAUGCGCAGGCUCGGUCGGCCAAAUGCGCUUUCCAGCCGUCUUUCAGCCACCCAGUCCUUUCCCAGGUUCUCGAGCCAGGACGUGACGUAUUCAGACGUACUGGGGGCGGGGCCUCAAGAGGAAAAGCGCCUGAGCCGGGAUAUCGCGAGAACAUUCCGUUCUUUCGUAGCUCUCGUGCUGCGGCUCCGCUCUCGUCGCAACGAGAUCUUUCGAGAUCUUCUCCGCCCCCGCUACCGGCGCCUCCUCUGCGGCCACUGAGCCGGAGCCGGCCUGAGCAGCGCUCUCGGUUGCAGUCCCUACUGGAAGGACUUAGGCGCCCGCGUGGAUACCGCACGCCCCUCAGUAGCCUUGGCCCAAGAGGCCUGCUUUCCACUCGCUAGCCCCGCCGGGGGUCCGUGUCCUGUCUCGGUGGCCGGACCCGGGCCCGAGCCCGAGCAGUAGCCGGCGCCAUGUCGGUGGUGGGCAUAGACCUGGGCUUCCAGAGCUGCUACGUCGCUGUGGCCCGCGCCGGCGGCAUCGAGACUAUCGCUAAUGAGUAUAGCGACCGCUGCACGCCGGCUUGCAUUUCUUUUGGUCCUAAGAAUCGUUCAAUUGGAGCAGCAGCUAAAAGCCAGGUAAUUUCUAAUGCAAAGAACACAGUCCAAGGAUUUAAAAGAUUCCAUGGCCGAGCAUUCUCUGAUCCAUUUGUGGAGGCAGAAAAAUCUAACCUUGCAUAUGAUAUUGUGCAGUUGCCUACAGGAUUAACAGGUAUAAAGGUGACAUAUAUGGAGGAAGAGCGAAAUUUUACCACUGAGCAAGUGACUGCCAUGCUUUUGUCCAAACUGAAGGAGACAGCCGAAAGUGUUCUUAAGAAGCCUGUAGUUGACUGUGUUGUUUCGGUUCCUUGUUUCUAUACUGAUGCAGAAAGACGAUCAGUGAUGGAUGCAACACAGAUUGCUGGUCUCAAUUGCUUGCGAUUAAUGAAUGAAACCACUGCAGUUGCUCUUGCAUAUGGAAUCUAUAAGCAGGAUCUUCCUGCCUUAGAAGAGAAACCAAGAAAUGUAGUUUUUGUAGACAUGGGCCACUCUGCUUAUCAAGUUUCUGUAUGUGCAUUUAAUAGAGGAAAACUGAAAGUUCUGGCCACUGCAUUUGACACGACAUUGGGAGGUAGAAAAUUUGAUGAAGUGUUAGUAAAUCACUUCUGUGAAGAAUUUGGGAAGAAAUACAAGCUAGACAUCAAGUCCAAAAUCCGUGCAUUAUUACGACUCUCUCAGGAGUGUGAGAAACUCAAGAAAUUGAUGAGUGCAAAUGCUUCAGAUCUCCCUUUGAGCAUUGAAUGUUUUAUGAAUGAUGUUGAUGUAUCUGGAACUAUGAAUAGAGGCAAAUUUCUGGAGAUGUGCAGUGAUCUCUUAGCUAGAGUGGAGCCACCACUUCGUAGUGUUUUGGAACAAACCAAGUUAAAGAAAGAAGAUAUUUAUGCAGUGGAGAUAGUUGGUGGUGCUACACGAAUCCCUGCGGUAAAAGAGAAGAUCAGCAAAUUUUUCGGUAAAGAACUUAGUACAACAUUAAAUGCUGAUGAAGCUGUCACUCGAGGCUGUGCAUUGCAGUGUGCCAUCUUAUCGCCUGCUUUCAAAGUCAGAGAAUUUUCUAUCACUGAUGUAGUACCAUAUCCAAUAUCUCUCAGGUGGAAUUCUCCAGCUGAAGAAGGGUCAAGUGACUGUGAAGUCUUUUCCAAAAAUCAUGCUGCUCCUUUCUCUAAAGUUCUUACAUUUUAUAGAAAGGAACCUUUCACUCUUGAGGCCUACUACAGCUCUCCUCAGGAUUUGCCCUAUCCAGAUCCUGCUAUAGCUCAGUUUUCAGUUCAGAAAGUCACUCCUCAGUCUGAUGGCUCCAGUUCAAAAGUGAAAGUCAAAGUUCGAGUAAAUGUCCAUGGCAUUUUCAGUGUGUCCAGUGCAUCUUUAGUGGAGGUUCACAAGUCUGAGGAAAAUGAGGAGCCAAUGGAAACAGAUCAGAAUGCAAAGGAGGAAGAGAAGAUGCAAGUGGACCAGGAGGAACCACAUGUUGAAGAGCAACAGCAGCAGACACCAGCAGAAAAUAAGGCAGAGUCUGAAGAAAUGGAGACCUCUCAAGCUGGAUCCAAGGAUAAAAAAAUGGACCAACCACCCCAAGCCAAGAAGGCAAAAGUGAAGACCAGUACCGUGGACCUGCCAAUCGAGAAUCAGCUGUUAUGGCAGAUAGACAGAGAGAUGCUCAACUUGUACAUUGAAAAUGAGGGUAAGAUGAUCAUGCAGGAUAAACUGGAGAAGGAGCGGAAUGAUGCUAAGAACGCAGUGGAGGAAUAUGUGUAUGAAAUGAGAGACAAGCUUAGUGGUGAAUAUGAGAAGUUUGUGAGUGAAGAUGAUCGUAACAGUUUUACUUUGAAACUGGAAGAUACUGAAAAUUGGUUGUAUGAGGAUGGAGAAGACCAGCCAAAGCAAGUUUAUGUUGAUAAGUUGGCUGAAUUAAAAAAUCUAGGUCAACCUAUUAAGAUACGUUUCCAGGAAUCUGAAGAACGACCAAAAUUAUUUGAAGAACUAGGGAAACAGAUCCAACAGUAUAUGAAAGUAAUCAGCUCUUUCAAAAACAAGGAGGACCAGUAUGAUCAUUUGGAUGCUGCUGACAUGACAAAGGUAGAAAAAAGCACAAAUGAAGCAAUGGAGUGGAUGAAUAACAAGCUAAAUCUGCAGAACAAGCAGAGUUUGACCAUGGAUCCAGUUGUCAAGUCAAAAGAGAUUGAAGCUAAAAUUAAGGAGCUGACAAGUAUUUGUAGCCCUAUAAUUUCAAAGCCCAAACCCAAAGUGGAACCUCCAAAAGAGGAACAAAAAAAUGCAGAGCAGAAUGGACCAGUGGAUGGACAAGGAGACAACCCAGGCCCCCAGGCUGCUGAGCAGGGUACAGACACAGCUGUGCCUUCGGAUUCAGACAAGAAGCUUCCUGAAAUGGACAUUGAUUGAUUCCAACACUUGUUUCUAUUAAAACAGACUAUUAUAAA